AUGGCAGGGUACUCGGACAGGGGCCUCGGUAUUCAAAGGCAGCACCCCCGCACCAAAAGCUUGUCUUGUUGCUCGUGUCGUCGUAAAUUGUGCUUGGUGCUUUUCAGCCUCUUUCGUCUUGUCGCAGAAUCUACGGCAUUUUGUUGCCGGUUGGUGCCUCUCUGUUUUCUCAUCUUCGCGGGCAAGCCUUGCGCAUUUUCGCCCUACGUUCGCCCGCUCUUCCGUGUGUCGGCCCCGAAGGAUAACCGCCCACGCGCCUUCUUAUUCUCUCCCGCUUUUGGCCCGUUGCUGAGCCUGAAGCCCGGCAUGUGGAAGCCCCGAUUUAACUUCAUCAGAAUACACUGUAGGGUUGACGUCAAGGAUCUCAAGACUUAUCAGCAGGUCUACCUCUACGUCGUUCCGAUCAUCACAAACAUGAUGUUUCUCAAUGCUAUAGUCGUUCCAGUGAGACUCUUCUGGUUCCGUCAACGACUGAGGCAGGCUGGAAUUGCUCGCGAAGUGGCCAGGAAUGAUGAGGAAGAGGCACGGCCUGCGACGAGGAGAGAAAGCCAGGAGACGGCUGUCAUUGACGAACAAGCACCCGCCCUUGCUCCAGCACCGAGCCCGCCCUUCUCUGCUCCACAAAGAACCACCACGAUUACGUUUGAUGACAAGGCCAUCGCUAGUGGAUACUCGAGAUCCGAAAAGCAAGUCUUAAGAAUUCCAAAUCCACGAGAGUCUGACAGAGGAGCACCCAUCACUGAAAUCGAGCCUGGCCUCCGCCGUAGCUACACUGAGGAGGAUCCAGAUGCUAUUAAACCUUUGCCAGAAUUUCGCAGCGGCAGGUCGCGGAGGAGCUCGUUUCAUGCUGAAGGCACGAUCCUGAGCGCCGCAACAUCCAUCGAGAAGGCGGCGACGUCAGCGUUCAUCCUCGGAAAAGUCCAGCUGGCGCCUCGACGACAGGCCGAUCGCGAGACACUUGGCGGCAUCGAAUACCGCGCUUUAAAGCUGCUUCUCAAAUUCGUGUUCGGGUAUUUCUUCGGACUUCAUUUCUUUGGCGCCAUCUGCUUGCUUCCUUGGAUCCAUAAUGCACCAUCCAAAUACCUGGAUGUACUCGCAGAGUCUGGCGUUGGUGCAACUUGGUGGGCGUUUUAUUCAGCGCAAACCAUGAGCAAUAACCUCGGCUUCGCUCUAACGCCUGAUUCCAUGGCAUCUUUCAAGGAUGCCACAUGGCCUCUGCUAGUCAUGACCUUUCUGGCGUUCGCGGGAAAUACCUGCUAUCCCGUCUUCUUACGCUGCAUCAUCUGGCUCACAUCAUUGAUGGUGCCGAAGAACUCGCAGACUCGGGAGACGAUACAGUUCAUCCUCGACCACCCCCGACGAUGCUAUACCCUACUUUUCCCAAGUCGUCCGACAUGGAUUCUUUUUGGUAUCGUCGUCAUCCUCAACUUUGUCGAUGUUGUCCUCAUCAUCGUCCUCGACCUCGAUAACCCGGCAGUCAACGACCUGCCAGUGGGCCCUCGGAUUCUGUCGUCGCUUUUCCAAGCUGCAUCAGCUCGUCACACGGGUACGGCAACACUCAGUCUUGUUGACGUGAACCCCGCUGUUCAAUUCAGCCUCUUGACAAUGAUGUAUAUCGCCGUGUUCCCCAUUGCCAUCAGCGUUCGCGCCUCCAACACGUACGAGGAGCGUACGAUAGGUAUUUGGGCUAGGGAGGAGAACCUCAACGAGGACAACGGCGUCUCUUAUGUCAUGGUCCACGUCCGAAACCAACUCACCUUUGACCUGUGGUACAUCUUUUUAGGGACAUUCCUGAUCUGCAUCGCAGAGUCGACGCUUAUCAUGGAUGUGGCCGAACCGACUUUCUCCAUUUUCGCCGUCCUCUUCGAAGUCACCUCGGCCUACAAGGUCGUCAUUUGCGCGAUGAUGAUCCGAGGCCGUCACCGUGGUCUUCCUUACGCCCUCGACCGAGCCAUCACUCUUCCCUCGGAACAUACUCUAUCGGACGAGAGUUCAUCUGCUGACCAAAUCCCGAAAUCGCUGUCGCUUGGUCGCACCCAGUCAUCGGGAGCUCGCUCAGCACCGUAG